UACCCUAGUCAUAAUUUGUAGGAACACCUAACACUCUUCACAUCUCUCGCCUUAUCCUCUCAGUCUGAUAACAGGACUUCCUCACUUGAGAGGAGUCAUCGUUCUCCUCAUCUUGUCGGAGCUACUAAAAUGGCGGCAGCGAUACCUACCGUUCCCUCUUUCUCCGCAACAAUGGGCUAUUUCUUCAACGACAUUUCCCUAUCAUCGCCGGCGACUGCCGUCGCUCUUCCGAGAACCACUUUUCUUGCCAAAUUCUUCGUCCCUCGCUCGAAACCCUCGCUUCUGAUUUCUUCUUUUCCUCUUAGGCACAAGCUCUCUGUUUGCUGUCAGCAGCAGCAGCAGCAACUACCAGCUAUUCCCCAGGAGCAGCGGUGGAUGUUCGAGGAGUCCGAGAUUAAUGGACCUGAUAUCUGGAACAAGACUUGGUACCCUAAGGCAGCAGAUCAUAUAACCACCAAAAAGACAUGGUAUAUAGUAGAUGCAACUGAUAAGAUCCUUGGAAGGAUGGCUUCGACGAUUGCAGUGCAUAUAAGAGGAAAGAACCUAGCAACUUACACUCCUAGCGUCGACAUGGGUGCUUAUGUAAUUGUGAUUAAUGCAGAAAAAGUAGCGGUUUCUGGUAAGAAGCGGACACAAAAGCUUUACAGGCGGCAUUCUGGAAGGCCAGGUGGUCUCAAGGUAGAAACAUUUGAUCAACUACAGAAUAGAAUUCCUGAAAGAAUAAUUGAACAUGCUGUCCGAGGAAUGCUUCCUAAAGGCAGGCUGGGAAGGGCUUUGUUUACUCAUCUCAAAGUCUAUGAAGGUCCAGAUCACCCCCAUGAGGCACAGCAGCCGAUUCCACUUCCAAUUAGGGACAAGAGGAUGCAAGUGGAGAGGUAAAUAAUUUAAAUUUAACUUCUGUUCUUCAUUUCCCUUAAAAUGUAAUAUUUUUCUUUCAGAGUUUGCUAUAUAUGUGGCCUGUAAACACUUCUGAUUUCUUAUUCUGUAUAUCAGAGCCCAUAGGCAGCCACUAAUUUGUGCAUGGAAUGCUUCUCCGUCAACCAUUUUUAGUGCCUUUCUGUCUAUUUCUAAUCA